AUGGGCACCCUGCGGGACCUGCAGUAUGCCCUCCAGGAGAAGAUCGAGGAGCUGCGGCAGCGAGAUGCCCUGAUCGACGAGCUGGAGCUGGAGCUGGAUCAGAAGGACGAGCUGAUCCAGCGACUGCAGAAUGAGCUGGACAAGUACCGGUCGGUGAUCCGGCCGGCCACCGCGCAGCAGGUCCAGGCUCAGCAGCAGAUCCUGGUCCUGCAGCCGGACCAGCAGCGCAGCAAGAGGCAGGCCAUCUCCGCCGAGCCCACGGCCUGUGACAUCAGCGCCCUCAGCCACGUCACCCUGCCCUUCUACCCCAAGAGUCCUGAAUCAAAGGAUCUGAUCAAAGACGCCAUCUUGGACAACGACUUCAUGAAGAACCUGGAGCUGUCUCAGACCCUGGAGAUCGUGGACUGCAUGUACCCGGUGGAUUAUGGGAAAGACGCGUGCAUCAUCAAAGAGGGCGACGUGGGCUCCCUCGUCUUCGUCAUGGAAGAGGGGAAGGUGGAGGUGACUAAAGAGGAGAUGAAGUUGUGCACAAUGGGGCCAGGAAAAGUGUUUGGAGAACUCGCCAUCCUCUACAACUGCACCCGCACGGCUACUGUCCGGACUCUGACACACGUGAAGCUCUGGGCCAUCGACCGUCAGUGUUUCCAGACGAUCAUGAUGAGAACUGGACUCAUCAAACACGCAGAGUACAUGGACCUGCUCAACAGCGUUCCGACCUUCCAGGUUCUUCCAGAGGAAACUCUUCGUAAACUGGCCGACGUCAUGGAGGAGACACACUAUGAAGACGGCGAGUUCAUCAUCAGACAGGGCGCCCGCGGCGACACCUUCUUCAUCAUCAGCAAGGGGAAGGUGAACGUGAGCGAGGAGAACUCAGCCAAUCAGGAGCCAGUUCACCUCCGAGAGCUCGUCAGGGGAGACUGGUUUGGAGAGAGAGCGCUGCAGGGGGAGGACGUGAGGACAGCCAGCGUCAUCGCUGCCGACACGGUCACCUGCCUGGUCAUCGACAGAGACUCGUUCAGGCAUCUGAUUGGUGGAUUAGACGACGUCUCAAGUAAAGGUUACGAGGACGCUGAGGCUAAAGCAAAGUACGAGGCGGAGAACGUCUUCUUCUCCAGCCUGAAGCUGGACGACUUCAACAUCAUCGACACGCUGGGAGUCGGAGGCUUCGGCCGCGUGGAGCUGGUGCAGCUGAAGAACGAUGAAGCAAAGACGUUCGCGAUGAAGAUCCUGAAGAAACGACACAUCGUGGACACGAGACAACAAGAACACAUCCGCUCCGAGAAGUUCAUCAUGACCGAGGCUCACUCGGACUUCAUCGUCAGGUUGUAUCGGACGUUUAAAGACAGUAAAUAUCUGUACAUGCUGCUGGAGGCGUGUCUGGGAGGAGAGCUGUGGACCAUCCUGAGAGACAGGGGCUCGUUUGAGGACUCGACCACCAGGUUCUACACGGCCUGUGUCGUGGAAGCCUUCUCCUACCUGCACGCCAAAGGAAUCAUCUACAGAGACCUGAAGCCUGAGAACCUCAUACUGGAUGGUCGAGGAUACGCCAAGCUGGUGGACUUUGGUUUUGCCAAGAAGAUCGGUUUCUGUAAGAAGACGUGGACGUUCUGCGGGACGCCGGAGUACGUGGCUCCAGAGAUCAUCCUCAACAAAGGUCACGACGUCUCUGCAGACUACUGGUCUCUGGGCAUCCUGAUGUUCGAGCUGCUGACCGGCAGUCCCCCGUUCUCAGGCCCAGACCCAAUGAAAACCUACAACAUCAUUCUGAGAGGCAUCGACAUGAUCGAGUUCCCCAAGAAGGUCACCAAGAAUGCCGCCAGCCUCAUAAAGAAGCUCUGCAGAGACAAUCCGUCAGAGAGACUCGGAAACCUGAAGAACGGAGUCAAGGACAUUCAGAAGCACAAGUGGUUUGAAGGCUUCAACUGGGAGGGUCUAAAGAAAGGAACCCUGACUCCGCCCAUCACACCUGACGUUUCUUCUCCAACUGACACCAGCCACUUCGACAGUUUCCCUGAAGACACGGACGAGCCGCCACCAGACGACAACACUGGAUGGGACGUUGACUUUUAA